CCAGUGCCUCUGACUUCCUUGACCAUUCUACCACGGACGUCGGUUGCGUACCCUGUUUUCAAUGUCGUAUCGAACUUUACAUGCAUCACUUCAUUGAGCCGGCCUGCAGCUAGUAUUCAGUGGUUCAUUGACAACAGAAACAUAACACACCUUGCUAUACAUUCGAACAAUGAUGAUGUAGCAAGGAGUGAUUUGCAAUAUAAACCAAACGCAAACGGGUACAGUGGUGGAAAUAUAUCCUGCGUUGCAAAAUAUGAGUUCGAACACAUAAGUAAAGUUCUCACAGCUGACAUGAGCAUUCAAGUACAGUACCCCGUUUCGAACCCAAAAGUGACUGUCAACAAUCGAAGUAUAUCAACUGGUUUCGCAAUACGAGAGGAUAGACUCGUUCAUUUGAAUUGUUUCUCUACCGGAUAUCCACAACCUUCUUAUAACUGGACUUACCCGGGCGGACGGUCGACCGGUGCUCUUCUGAAGUGUGCAUUCACUCGCAAUAACGGUAGCGUGUCAUGCAAAGCAUAUAAUGUUAUGCGCACAUUGGAUGGUACACAUAGCGCAGAGGCUACAGAGAAAAAUAUCGCAUUAAAAAUAAACGUAUUGUAUCCACCAGUCAUUACGAAGCUAUCAAGCGAUGACAAGAACGUAGAAAUCAAUAAUAGCACAAUAAGAGCACAGAGAGGUGACAACAUCAGCUUAGUCUGUACUAGUGACGCCAAUCCGCCGGCUACGGUAUUCUGGAAUGGACAACUGAGUGUUUCACCUACAUUGACCGUCACAAGUGUACAGCAUGACGCUGUAUGGACUUGCCAAGCUACAAACACUAUGACUGAAUUUGAUGGAGUAAUAUCCACGUCUAAUGUAACAAGAAACGUAUCCGCGAGAGUAUUAUAUGGUCCUGGUGUUCCUACAAUCACGUACACAAUUCCUACAAUCUCAGAUGCACGUUGGAAUGCGUUACAUGAUCCAAUUAAAGUCAUAGUAGGAAGUACCAUUUCCUUGAGGUGCUCCGCUGACAGUGUUCCGAACUCGACAUACACCUGGGAUACCGGACACAAAGGGAGUAUUUUAACGAUAAUGAAUGUAACGCGAACAACGAACACAAGACACAAUUGCACGGCAAAUAAUGCUAUGGAUACCUCAUUCAAAGGAAAUGUAACUGGCAGUAACUAUUCCUUCGCAAAUCUUGAUAUACUCUAUGGCCCUGCGACCAUAGAAGUCAAGUACAACAACGUCACACCAAUAGAAAAUACAUUUAAAGUCCUCGAAGGAUGGUCGUUCACAAUAUUAUGCUCGGCCAGCAGUAAUCCAGCUCCUCGAUAUUCUUGGUUCGGUCCUGUAGCUGGAGAAGGGAACGUUCUGAUCAUACGAAAUGUGAGAACUGAUAUGAACAGAAAUGUAACAUGUAAAGUAGAUAACAACAUGGUAGAUAGUAUGGGGAAGAUUUUUGUCGGGAAUUCACGUGCAACUGUUUCAAUGGAAGUGUUACACUCGCCUGAUGUACAACGUCUACAGAACCAAACCGUACUACUGAACACUACUCUCACAGUUGUGUGCAAUUUGACAGAUGUUGGUAAUCCACCAGCCUCAAACUUUACAUGGAUAAGGAUGGACAAUAGCACAGUGAUGGGUACUGGACAAACACUUAAAAUAACAAACAUUAGAUUGGCAGAUGCAGGGGAAUACCAGUGUAAUGCUUCGAACAGUAUGCAACCAAUAACUAAUGAAGUGGUAUACGGAUUUAGUCAGUCGACAGUCUAUAUAAAUGUUGAAUACGGGGCAUAUGUACGGGCAUUCGAAGCCAAUCAAUCACACAAUAGCAUCGUUGUUAACCAGGAUGACACAGUAGAGCUGUUGUGUGAUGCAGUUGGUAACCCCGAGCCUGUGGUUCGUGUAAUGAAUAAUACACAUGGAAAUGAAAGAAUCUUAGUUGAAAUAAAUGGACGUAAAGCAAAAUAUCACAUACAACAAGCAAAAUGUGAAUAUGAUACUGGAAACUAUGUAUGUUCGGCUGAUAAUCGUUAUAACAAAGGGAGACAGUUACUGGCACUUAAUGUUUACUGCAUACCUAGAGCGUCGCCAUUUUCUCCUCCACUUAAAAUAUUGUACAGAGGGCCUAACGACACUGUGUUGUUCACGUUCACAAUAAUUGCUUAUCCUAAACCGACUUCACAAGACGUCGUUUGGUACAAGCGAGAUGUUGGCAUUUGGAAGGUAUUAUCAAAUGAGGCAAACUAUCUGGUCACAUUCUCUGAUGAUAGCGUGCAGACACAGCUGAAGAUAUCCCAAGUUCAACUUACAGAUUAUGCCGACUACAUGGUGAACGUUUCUAACAAUUUGGGUUCAACAGUUGAAGUGUUUACUUUAAAAGCGCAGUCACUACCUGAAGUUCCAAAGGAACUGCAAGUAAGCAGAACAGGAAAAACGGAACUGACUAUCGAAUGGAUCCCUGGUUUUAAUGGCGGAGAAAGGCAAAUAUUUAAUAUAAGGUAUACAGCAUUAGGCAAUGGAAGCUGGAUUGUUGUUCCCAAAAACAUUUCUCACUAUAUUUGGACAAUCGAUGGGUUAAUGUCUGGAACGACAUACCAAAUUCAAAUGAUGGCGCUGAACAAAAUAGGAAAGUCGGAUUGGACACAAGAAAUAAACAUAACUACACUGUUUGAUGCAGUAAUAGUUGAUAAAGAAUCGACUUCAGCUGCUAUUGCGGGUUCGAUAGGUGGUUCUGCAGGAGUGGUCAUAAUCGUCGCCGUUCUAGUUGUUAUAUGGAGACACAGAACACGAGAAGUGCCAAAAUCUGAUUUGAAAAAAAUAGUAACGAGAAGAUUACAAAAUCAAUCUAACGGCGCAUACGAAAACAUCGCUGGGAUCCAACGUUUAAACAAACAUAACACAGUUAUAUCAGACAUCUCUAGCUCAACUUUAGCGGCAAAUUCGAGCGAUUCAUCUUCUACGCAACGAAGAGACUCAUAUUCUAUUGAACAUGAUCCAAUAUACGACAACAUCUACAAGAAAACGACUAAUUUCAAGAGUAAAAACAUUAGCAUUCAGAACUUACGAGAGACUAUCACUCAAGAUAAAAACAAUACAACAGAUGUUUUCACCGAAUUUAGUGCAUUGAGCGUCGCGAGUGAGACAAUAAAAGAGAGCAAAAACUCAGCUAUUAAAACAGCCAAUACAUCGAAAAACAGAUACAGAAAUAUGUAUCCAUACGACAAAAAUCGGGUUAUUCUUUCUGUAAUCGGAAAAGACAUAGACACGGAUUUCAUCAAUGCAAGCUUCAUAGAUGGAUAUUCCUCUACAAAGAAUUAUAUCGCUGCACAAGGACCAUUAGCCAACACGAUCGCGGAUUUCUGGAGAAUGAUUUGGGAAAAUAAUGUCCGAGUUGUGGUCAUGGUAACAAAUCUAGUAGAGUAUUCGAAGAGAAAAUGCAUCCAGUACUGGCCUAAAGACGCCGCCAAUAACUGUCAGUAUGGAGACUCUACAAUACAUCUUCUUUUUGAAGAUAUUUAUGCCGACUUUGUUGUUCGCACGUUGGAAUGCAAUCGGAAGGGUUUUUCAAAAACAAUUUCUCAUCUACACUUCACGGCGUGGCCUGACAAAGACGUCCCAGACACAGCCCUUUCGCUUUUGCAAUUUUGGCGGAAGGUUCGCAGCUUGGAGAGGCAUGAGGAAUCUCCAUGGAUUGUGCAUUGCAGUGCGGGUGUGGGCCGAACUGGCACAUUUAUCGCAUUAGACUAUCUUUACGACCAAGGGGUAUCGGAGAAACAUAUAAACGUGUUUGACGCCGUGUUACUACUUCGUGAACAAAGGAUGAACAUGGUUCAGACAAAGAACCAGUAUUUAUACCUCCAUGAAGUAUUGUGCGAAGCUCUGUGUCCUGUUGGGGAAGUGCUGAAUAACAGAACAUUUUUAGAACAAAAAUACACAUCCAACUAUAUCAACGAAGAAUACUUGACAGUUUGCCGCUCUCAUAUUGCUGAAAGCAAAGAAGAUACUGUAGAUGAUGCCUACCUAAGAGUUUUAGAUGGUGAAAAAUCCGAAAACAUUUAUAAAAACAUCAGCACAUGUGUUAUUCCAGAUGACAAAUAUCGCCCAGUACUGAAGAUGGCUGUCAACACAAGGGGGCAUACAGAUUAUAUAAAUGCCGUGUAUCUAUCGACAUUUCAAAAAGAAGACAGGUUGAUAUUGACGCAGUCAGCAAAUAUAAGCUCAGAUGUGGAUUUUGUGCGUCUGCUGCACGACCACUAUGUUCGGACGAUCGUAACCGUAGGCGAUAAGAUGGAACCGUACUUACCAGAGAAUGGAGACACUAUUGUGAUAGGUCCUUUCACCGCCUCAUCCAUAUCAUUUGAACAGAAGCAGCACUUCAAACAAUAUGUCGUGAGAUUCAAUCAUAUCGGAGAGCGAGACGGCUUCGAUGUUCUCGUGUAUAGAUUCACAAACUGGUCACAGCAGUUUGAUUUGUGCCCGGCGAAGGAAUUGCUAAGUCUGCUAAACGAAGUUCAAGAACGCGCUGCAACAGACGGACCAGUGGUUAUUCAGUGCCAUGACGGAUACAGUCGCAGUGGUCUAGUGGCAGUGCUUUGGUGCCUAAUGGAGCGCAGUAAACAUGACGGGGAAGUGGCUGUGGCAGAAACAGUUCGACUGAUCAGGCGAAGGAGGCAGCAAGUCAUAAAAAACGAGGAACAAUACCGUAUCUGCCAUGAAUUCAUGAAGGAGUUUGUCGAGGGGUGUGCCGUUUAUGCAAAUACAUGAUGGGUUUACGACACAAAAGAAACAAUAACCUUCCCGACAAUGAGGAAACCGAGCAUAGACUGAAACUUAAUCAGGAACAAAUCAUGUUAUUGACAUUAGAAGCCCACAAUUGAAACAGCAUUUCUUUGUUUUUGCUAAUUAUAUGUAUUAUAUACAUGUGCCUUUCUUAUCGGACCUUAUAUAAACUGAUAUUUAAAUAUAGAAUAAAUGUAUACUACUCUAUACAGUUUAAUAGCUAAAAACGUUUGAUAAUAAUCUUACGCACAUUAAAGAUCUUUAAUGCCAUCUUUUAUACUCAUCUUUAUUUUAUUCACUUUAUAAAAGUCCCUAUCCUAUUAUUCAAACAAAGUGGAGUUAGAUAUUAACAUUCCGAAACACUCUUAAUUAUUCAAUGAGUUAGAACUCACUAUUUUGUAAUAGAUUUCAUAUGCUGAUUGUUCAUAUGCAAACAAAUAUGUUCAGUCACUUCGUCCUUUUUAUUUGCACCAUCGUUAACAGUGUUGUAUUAUCUGGUAAAUCGAAAAACAAGUUUAAAUUUGUCAUUUUGUUUGUCAACAAUCAUCUUAAAACCGAAAGUAUUAUGUAACGAAUGCUGAUGUUUGAUUUUGCAUGUGCAAGCUGUCAAUUGACAUAAGUGUGUUUAAAUGCUACAUCGAAAACAUUUGCCGCAUAUUGACCGCACACUGAUGUUUGAAUGGUAUCAAUGAAAAUGCUAACGCGCAUCAAUAUUUCACCGAGUUGAAACUUAAGAAUACUCAAAAAUCAAAGUGAGUGGUCCACCCAAUGUUGAGGUUGUUUUAUCGUAUAGGCAUUGGUCACUUGAAUAACAGAAAAGAAUGGGUUGAUAAACUUCUUUUUUUCUGAUUAUGUCUCUUUGUUUCAUUAUUGCUUAAUAGCUUAAUCAGCUUUUCUAUAUGUACAUAUGUAAAUAUAUGUGUAAACAUUUAAUUAGUCGUGAACGCUUUUCUUAUUAUUAUAAUAACUUGCCUAUGUCUUUUUUGUAUGUGAAAUACUGAUAUUUAAUUUAUUGUAUUUGCAAUAGAAUGUUUAGUUUAUGAUAUGUGCUUUAAUUCCAUUUAAUUGAUGUGUUAAGUUUACAGGCAUCUCAUACAAGUAUAUCACACAGAGGAAAAAAGAUAUUAUGAAGAUAUAUGUAUGGUCGUAUUUGAAAUGUCACACAGAAACAUAAAUGUAGAAACCAAUCCUUUAUAUUGUGCAGACAUUGCCUGGUUUGCUUAACACAUAGUUGGUAAGAAUAAUUUCCAAAUAAUAUGCAUUUUCAUUUGCAAAUAAAACAACUAUUUACCAUUUUAUAUGCACAUGUACUUUGCUUAUGACAUAUGUGUUAAACUGAAGUAAUAAAAUAGUCAUCAUAUUACAUAAAUAUAA